CCCACCCCACAACCAUGGGUAGAGAUUCCUUUGCAGUGGUCCUCGCCAUGGUCCUGGUGGCAUGUGUCAGCCCUGAGGAGAGGAAGUGCCAGCUCAGUGGGCUGUGGAGGAACGAGCAGGACUCACUGAUGGAGAUUUCUGUGGUGAGCAGCAACGGGGACUUCAGGGGAAAAUACCUCACUCAGGUCACCCUCACCGGCACCUGUGCCCGCGCCUCCCCCCUGAAAGGUGCCCAGCAGCAGCCCAGCGAGGGGGGCUGGCCCACCUUUGCCUUCACCGUGCACUGGGACAAGUUCUCCAAUGCCACCACUGCCUUCGUGGGGCAGUGCUUUGUGGACACGGGUGGGAAGGAGACACUCACCACCAUGUGGAUGCUGCGUGAAGCUGUUGAGUCCCUCCAGGAGGACUGGAAAGCCACAAGGGUAGGCAGAAAUGUCUUCACACGAAAACGCACCCCAAAAGGAAAGAUUCUGCCAAGCUUGUCCACAUCCUGUGAGGACACAUCUUUACCUGCUCCAUGACAGCAUGGUCUGGAUGCAGCCAAGCCCCCACUUAGUCAAGCAAAACCAGCCUCUC